UUCUUGGGCUUGUUCAAGUUCACGGCAGGUCCUUGAACCUGUGAGGUUUGAGUGCAGCGAUCGGAAGUGACCGUAGGUGAGCGAAAGGAAUAAAGAAGAAGAACAAGUACAGAGAGUGGGGAACUAGUAAAAAGAACUUCGCUGGAUCUUGAUCUUCUGUAGUCUUUUGUCAGUUACGCGACAGGCAGGUUCUAUAAAUCAGCACCAUGGUCUUGAUCAUCAACAUGAGAGUCUUCAAAACAGUCUUUACACUUUUACUUACGAUAACAAGUUGUGUAAACGCUGGACCAGCCUCAUUUUUACGCCUGGAACACAGAACGGACGACGAUUCUGCAUCACUUCCGGUGGAUAAUUUGGCUGAUGGUUCAACAGCUUCACCGACAAAGGACACUUACGAUCAGCGACAAAACGGAACGGAGAACUAUCGGAUUCAUGUUGAUGGUUUCUUUGUCGUUGUUGCUCCUGUAGAAGCCAUUUUACUUGCUGGUGCAGUUGCUGGCAGUGAUAAUGAUUUAUUAUCUGGACUUGCUGGAAUUGGAGGUAAACCACAAGAAUCUAAACCUCAAGAUUCAAAACCUGGUGAUGAUAAACCUGAUGAUAAGCCUGCGGAUGACAAGCCUGCAGAAGAUAAACCUGCAGAAGACAAACCUACGGAUCACAAACCUGCGGAGAAGACAAAAUUUGAAGCUUCGCUAAAAAAAUCAGUACCUAGACCUCACAUCAAACUCGUCAGCUUCCUGACACCGCUUCUGCGAAGAAUUGUCCAGCACUGAAUCUUAUAUUUAAUUACUUAAGUAUUUUAUAAAUAAUAAUUAAAAGUGAUACUUAUAAUUUUUUUUUUUUAUUAAAAUGAUAUUUAUUUGGUAUUAGAAUACAGACAAAAGUAUUUAGUAGCAUA